GAAGGACUCUACAUUCCCCUCCAAAAACAAAAAGACUCAGACACUUUCUGGAUUUUCCUUCUUCUUCUUCAAAGUCAACUUUAUUGUCAAUCUUCCAGUUUUGUGUUCUUCUCCUCCUUCUCCUUCUUCUUCGGUGGUGUUUUAGAUUUUUUCUGUGUGAUCAUGGAGCUGUCGGAUAUCUCUUUCCCCAUCCCUGCCGCAGAUGAUUUCUACGACGACCCGUGCUUCAACACCACUGACAUGCACUUCUUCGAGGACCUGGACCCGCGCCUGGUGCACGCGGGCCUCCUGAAGCCGGACUCUUCUUCCUCGUGCCCCUCUCCCUCACCGUCAUCCUCCUCCUCUUCCUCCUCCCUGCACCACCACCAGGAUGAGCACGUGCGGGCCCCCAGCGGACACCACCACGCGGGCCGCUGCCUCCUCUGGGCGUGCAAAGCGUGCAAGAGGAAAACCACGGGCGCGGACAGGAGGAAGGCGGCCACCAUGCGCGAGAGGCGGCGGUUGGGGAAGGUGAAUGACGCGUUUGAGAACCUGAAGAGAUGCACAUCUGCCAAUCCGAACCAGAGGCUGCCCAAAGUGGAGAUCCUGCGCAACGCCAUCAGCUACAUCGAGUCUCUCCAGGCGCUGCUGCGCGGAGCAGGGGGGGGCGGGCCGGAGGAGAGCUUCUACCCGGGGAUGGAGCACUACAGCGGGGACUCGGACGCCUCCAGCCCCCGGUCCAACUGCUCCGACGGCAUGACGGAUUUCACCGGACCCAGCUGUCAGAAAAACAGAAGAGGAAAUUAUGAAAGCUCGUAUUUCUCAGAGAAACAAAACGGUUCUCUGAAGAAUCGCAGCUCUGUUGUCUCCAGCCUCGACUGCCUGUCCAGCAUCGUGGAGCGGAUCUCAACCGACACCCCCUCUGCCCCCGAACCAGAGCAGAACCAGAACCAGACCCAGAACCAUACCCAGACCCAGAACCAGACCCAGAACCAAACCCAGAACCAGACCCAGAACCAGAACCAGAUCCGGAACCAGAACCAGAACCCAAUCCAGAACCAGAACCCAAUCCAGAACCCCAUCCAGACCCCCAUCCAGACCCCCAUCCAGGACCCAAACCUAAUCUACCAAGUCCUAUAAACCCCCACUAUCUCUACCUUUUCAUUGAGUUGAGCUGAGUUUUCACCUCUUUGCACCAGAUUCCUUCCAAAAAAACAAAAAUAUGGAAGCUCAUUCGUGCCAAGAAAAAAAAGAGAAUUCUGGGGAAAUCAUUUUUGAGUUCAUAAAAAACAACUUAAGGCCCAUUUACUUAUUUACCAAAAAGUAUUUGUCGCUAUUGGUGGAGUUUCUUAUUUUAUAUCAGAUGUUAUAGAUUUUAUAAUUACCGAGCAAACUCCACGUGCAGAAGACGAUUUUGCAAUGAAAAUAUUUUUUGUAUUUUUAAGUCUUAAUCAAACAGCUUUUAAAUAAGUAUUACAAAUAUUAGUUACAACAAAAAAAUAUCGAUAAUUAUUUCAAGAUAAAGUCGUGUAAUCUAAUUUUGACUCAUAUUUUGAACAUUUUAAGAAUAUAUUUUGUUGACCUGUAAAAACAUUUUUUGAAAGAGGAUUCAAAGUGGAUUUUCUCAUUCCCAAGUUUCCAUACGCCAUAUUUAUUUUCCUGGCAUUAAUUAUCUUCUAUAUUUAACUAUAUUUAACCCCUGAAAUUCUCUUUCCUGCUGUAAAAAAAAGUGCAUUUUAGAUGUAAAAACCACUAUGAAUGCUGGGAAAUGUCGUUUUUAAACACAGGUUUAGUGAUGAAUACAACUCGGUUCAUUUCUUGCAGUAUUUCAAUUUUAUUUUAAGUUAUGAGAAAUUAUUUUAAAGGCUGAUUUAGAGUCAGUCGUCCAGAUGGAUUUUUUUUCUUCCUCUCUGUGCAAAAAGUCUAUUUGAUGAAGGACGGAGGCCAAACAAAAAAAACAUCCAUUUACAUUCCUCCACUUUCGUCCAUCUGAAGUCGUAAAAAAAGCCCCAGCUGUUUGAUUCCCUCGGGAGGAAAAGCAACUGCAAUAACAUCCAGUGAUGUUUUAAAGAUAUGUCAUUCAACACUGCAGAUUUCUGUAGAUAAACUGCAGUAAGUAACAACAACAAAGUGUGGGAGUCUGUCUGCUUCCUGUUCAAUUUGAAAACAAUUAUUAUUAUCAUUUGAUGUUUUCACUGCAGCGGAGGACCACUUUUCUUUUUCUGUACAUACGAUGUAAAUAAGAGCUGAUUUGUUCCAAUGAAAGUGUUAAUUAUGUAUUUAAUGUUUCCGUCUGUACGUGCUUUUGUUUGUUUGUUGUGAAAAUGUUAAACUUUAUAUUUAUACAUCUGAAAACUGAGUGACAGUCUUAUGACUAAUAAAUGAAAACGAAUAUUUAUACAAAAAAA